AUGGCUCAUACUAUACAGUUAAGAGUUGCAAAUAUUCUAGAAAAAAAGUAUCUUAGCAAAAAGAAAAUCGGAGAAAAGUAUAAAAAGAGAGUUGAAAUAGUGGAGAAUAAAGAUAAACUAGUGAUGGUCGUCAAACAUUCGCUUUGUGUAUUUUUGUUGGUUGUAAUAUUUCCUUCUUCAGUCUUCCGCAUAGAGAAGGAGACGAGGAUGGCGACGACGACGAAGGUGAUUCUGGGAUCUCAAUCGAUGGCCAGAAAAAAUAUUAUGGAUGAAAUGGGAUAUGAUUUCACUAUCGUGACUGCAGACAUUGAUGAGAAAGCUAUAAGGAGAGACAAUCCUGAAGACUUGGUUGUCGCCCUCGCUCAAGCCAAGGCAGAUGAGAUAAUAUCGAAACUGGGAGGUCAAAGCCAAUUUGCUCAGGAUCCUCAACCAACCUUGUUGAUUACUGCUGACACUGUUGUUGUGUACAAAGGUGCCAUCAGAGAAAAACCAACCACCAAAGAAGAAGCUCGCCUAUUCAUCAAAGACUAUUCCGGAUCACACGGUGGCGUUGUUGGUUCUGUUAUAGUAAGCAACUUAAAAACUGGUGUGAGAAGAGGCGGAUGGGACAAAGCUGAGGUUUAUUUCCAUGAGAUACCAGAAAAAGUCAUUGACGAUCUUAUUGAUGAUGCCAUAACUUUCAAGGUUGCUGGAGGUUUAACCCUGGAGCAUCCCCUCAUUUCACCCUUUAUCGACACCGUGGUGGGAGGAGUUGAUACAGUCAUGGGACUUCCUAAGGAACUCACAGAAAAAUUCAUUAGCGAUGUGUUGUAGCUAGCUCAAGCCAUAGUGAUACUCACUCUGAGAUUUUAAGUUUUUUUCUGUUUUAUUCUCUAAUCAAAUUGUAUAUAUGUUGUAAGUGAGUAAAACAUAAUUUACCUUAUCCCAAGUAUUGAUGAUUCAAACUCUCUCGUCUACCCGAUGAUAUGUGUGUUGAACUGAUAAGUUUUUUG